AUGGCUCCAAACGAGACAGGGGAUGAACUUGUUUUCUUUGUGAAUGGUAAAAAGGUGGUGGAAAAAGUUGUGGACCCGGAAACAACUCUGCUAACCUAUCUACGAAGAAAAUUGGGCCUAUGUGGAACCAAACUAGGCUGUGGAGAAGGUGGAUGUGGUGCUUGCACUGUUAUGAUUUCCAAGUAUGAUCCCUUUCGAAAGAAAAUCCUGCACCAUACUGCCAAUGCUUGCCUCUUCCCUGUCUGUGCCUUGCAUCAUGUAGCUGUAACUACUGUUGAAGGCAUAGGAAACACAAAAUCCAGGCUGCACCCAGCCCAGGAGAGAAUAGCAAAAAGUCAUGGGUCCCAAUGUGGCUUUUGCACUCCAGGCAUUGUCAUGUCCAUGUAUACAUUGCUUCGGAACAAACCUGAGCCCAAAAUGGAGGACAUAGAAGAUGCUUUCCAAGGGAACUUAUGUCGGUGUACAGGAUACAGACCCAUUCUGGAAGGAUACAGGACAUUUGCUAAAGACUUGAAUUGCUGUGGCAGAGUAGCCAAUGGCACGGGAUGCUGUCGUAAUGAGAAGGAAAAUAGCACAAAUGGGGGCUGCUGUGGGGGAAAAGCCAAUGGUCCAGGCUGCUGCAUGAGUGGAAAAGACGACAAUGUGACAAUGAAAUCCUCCAGCCUGUUCAAUUCUUCUGAGUUCCAGCCAUUGGACCCUACACAGGAGCCAAUCUUCCCACCAGAGUUAAUGACUCAGAGUAACAAACAGCAGAAGCAGCUGUGUUUCAAAGGCGAGCGUGUCACUUGGAUCCAGCCUACAACCCUCAAGGAAUUGGUGGCUCUCAAAUCCCAGUACCCCAAUGCCAAGCUUGUUGUGGGGAACACGGAAGUGGGUAUUGAGAUGAGAUUAAAGAACAUGUUGUAUCCAGUGAUAAUAGCACCAGCAUGGAUCUCUGAAAUGAAUGCUGUUCAGCAUACUGAAACAGGGAUCACCUUUGGCGCUGCCUGUACCCUGAGCUCAGUAGAGGAAGUGCUGAGAAAAGCGGUGGCAGAGCUUCCUCCCUACAAAACAGAGGUCUUCCAGGCUGUCCUUGAACAGCUGCGGUGGUUUGCAGGGCCACAGAUUAGGAAUGUUGCUGCUCUUGGUGGGAACAUAAUGACAGCAAGCCCCAUUUCUGACUUAAAUCCUGUGUUAAUGGCAAGUGAAAGCAAACUGACUCUGGUAUCAAAUGAGGGCAAAAGGACUAUCACAAUGGAUGAGAAGUUUUUCACUGGAUACAGAAAAACAAUAGUUAAGCCUGAAGAAAUACUUCUCUUUGUUGAAAUACCCUACAGCAAGAAGGGUGAAUACUUCUCAGCUUUCAAGCAGGCUUCCCGUCGGGAGGAUGACAUUGCUAUUGUUACCUGUGGGAUGAGAGUCCUGUUCCAAGAUGGCACUAAGCGAAUAGAGAAGAUAAAACUAAGCUAUGGAGGAAUGGCUCCUACAACCGUCCUGGCACUAAAAACUUGCCAGGAGCUCACUGGCAGAGACUGGAAUGAGAAGCUGCUGCAGGAUGCCUGCCGCUUACUGGCGGGUGAGAUGGAUCUGUCUCCUUCUGCGCCUGGUGGGAUGGUGGAUUUCCGACGCACACUCACACUCAGCUUCUUCUUCAAGUUCUACUUGACGGUCCUUCAGAAACUGAGCAAGAACCACAAUGGCACUAACAAUCUGUGUGAGCCCGUCCCCUCGAACUACAUCAGUGCUACAGAGCUGUUUCACAAAGAUCCCAUUGCAAAUGCCCAGCUCUUCCAAGAAGUGCCCAGGGGGCAGGCAGUUGAAGAUAUGGUGGGCCGGCCUUUGAUGCACAUUUCAGCAGCCAAACAAGCAUGUGGAGAAGCUGUUUACUGCGAUGACAUCCCUCACUAUGAGAAUGAGCUGUAUCUAACACUGGUGACCAGCACCAAAGCCCAUGCUAAGAUCCUUUCUGUAGAUGUAUCUGAAGCUCAGACUGUUCCUGGGUUUGUGUGUUUUGUCUCUGCUAAGGAUGUUCCUGGCAGUAACAUUACUGGCAUCGCUAAUGAUGAGACUGUCUUUGCUGAGGAUGUGGUCACUUGUGUCGGUCAUAUCAUUGGUGCAGUUGUUGCAGACACACAAGAACAUUCCAGAAGAGCAGCUAAAGCUGUGAAGAUUAAGUAUGAAGAGCUCAAACCUAUUGUCACAAUUCAG